CUUACGGCAAGCGUUUAUGGAAGAGGAAAGGAAAAAUAUGGAGGAGACAGACAUAAACAGUCAUAAAUUGGAAAGGAAAGAAAGAGGGAAAUUUGUUUCUUUAAACAAGAAAGAGGCUCAACUGGUACUGGAAACAUAUGUAAAAAGAAGUUUAAGCAAUCGAGAAACAAAGAGGCCAGUGGAAAAUAGAGAAAAGAGACAUGCUAGAGUGCAGCGAUCAAUCAGUGACCUCACUAAAUUUAGACACAGAGCAAAGGAGAAUAAAAUGACUGUAGUUAAUAAAGCAGAGUUACAGGAGACAGAGAACAAAGAUGGAGAUAAUGCAAACAAGCCAUCAGAAUCUGAAGAGAUGGUCCAGCAAAACCAACAGCCUGUGAGAAUCGCCAAAGUAAAAUCUGCCAAAAAGUCAUGGUUUAGGAAUUUACUGGAUCAACUAUUUAAAAAGGAAGGAAAUCCUUCUGCACAAACUGCAUCUGUGGUCAGUUCCGUCACCCCUGACACUAAUGGACAUUUAACACAGACUUCAAGAACAGCCAGCAUUAAAAAAAAUAGCUUGCGAAGGACACUUUCUUUUAAGAAAAAUGUUUCAGAAGAAGAAACAAAGCUGAAACGACCCACCUACCUUCCACUGAGACGCAUCAAUAAGCUAUCAUCAUCUAAAAGACGAGAAAAGCAUGGAGACUGCUAUUACCAUCGAAUGUCUGCAGAGAUCGACCUGCUUGUGAAUGAUACUGAUUGGACAAGAAAACAAAGCCUGGGUGAAGAGUCAAAUAAUGGAGAAACUAAAGGAACUGAUGAUGUGAUAAAGCAAAUUGUGUCCAUACUUCAAAAAGAAGGAGAUGCCUAUAACAGAAAGAAUAAUGCUGUUGAUCCAGAGGGAUGCAUCAGCCCUGACUGA